AUGCGUCUUUCCCUUUUCACGAUUCUUUUCACUAUACUUUUGCCCAGUUGCCUUUUUGCUGACAUUGUUUGCCCGUCUGGAUUCACACUAAUUAAUCAGCAAAAGUGUCUGAAGGUGUAUACGGCUCAAGUACAACAUUUGGAUGCUACCAAACAAUGUACAUCUCUUGGUGGGACUCUUGUGACUAUUAAAAAUGCUAUUGAUAACCGAGCAGUAGCCAAUUUCGCUGCCAACGCUGGCCUCUCCAAUUUCUGGAUCGGAGGGUUCUGCUAUACACGAGAUGAGGUUGCCUGCUUCCAUGACGACAGUUCUGGAGUGAUGACUUAUAACAGUUUUGGCGCUGGCUAUCCUCAGAAUAAUUUUGCAAUCGGACAAUGUGUCUAUAUGAAGACAAGUGGGACAUCGGCUGGACAAUGGGCUACUAAUAGAUGUCAUAGGGAUACUAUGCCGUAUGUUUGUGAGGUUCCACUUACUUUGGAAGAAAUCGACUACAUCAAAACCCUCUACCGAAGUUCCGGAGUCGAUGAAAUCCUACUAGGUGCUCAGGCCUCCAAACCUCACGUCUUCAAAUGGAUUGAUGGAUCUGCAUUCGGCUAUAGCUACCGUAAUCCAUUCGAUAAUUCCACGGAAAACUGUUUGAAAAUGUCGGUCACCGAUGAACUGGGACCAAAUCAGCAAAUGAUAUAUGGAACAUGGUCAGAAACUGGAUGUCAAGAAGUGAACAAUUUUCUAUGCAAGAGAAGAAUUGUGGGGAAAUUUCCACAGACCGCAGAGAAACAAAAAGCCCCGGUACCAGUCCAUUAUGACAUCACGGACCCUUCAAAUUGCAACAAUACAAUGCUGAUCGCUCCGGGAACCAUUACAUCGUUUGGCUACGGUACCUCUCCACUCCCCGGUGGUUUCUGUUACUACAAAAUUGCGGCGAUUGGUGCUUAUAGAGUUGCAAUUCACUUCACAGACUUUUCUACUUGGUACAAUGUGGAUGUGACGGAUCAAUUUGGAGAGAAUGUCGCGAGAUUGUACAAUAGUCGAGAUCCCUUCAGUGUUUUGGUGGAGUCUACAAUUGCAGUUUUGACACAUGAUGCUGAUAAGGAUGCUUCCAGUGAUAGACAUGACUUCAUCAUGCAACUCUCUUCCUUGUCAACUAAAAUGGAGGCUGACUACGCGAAAUUCGACUUUUACGAUGAAGAAUCCGGAAAAUGGAUUCACAUUGCUGAUUAUUUGGAAUCUUACAAUAAUUAUACAAAUUCUAGACCAAAAUCUACUCCUGCGGAUACAUUUUCGUUUCAUUUUUCGCUGGGAUUAUUGCUCAUUCCGGCUGUUCUUGUUGUUUUAAUCACUCUAGGAUCGAUGGUUUCCUUCCCAAUUCAUUUUGUAGUUUGUAGGAAGAAUCGGGAUAUUGGAAAAGAGAUGAAAUGUACUUUUGAACUUUAA